AGUGAGGACAUAUGUGUUAUGAUGAAUAUACAUGGAGUACAGGGGGGCUGGGUCUGCCGCCGGAAGUGACGCUGGACGGACAGGAAGGGGCGGGCCCAGCUCUCUCCCGCUUUGUGCACGGCUCUGACUGUCGCCCCUGCCGAUCGCGGCCCUCGCUGAAUCUUCGGAGACGUCUCUGGGUCACUAUGAGCUCUCGCAGAUCGGGCACAAGCUCUAAGCGGAAGAGGACAACGCCGCAGAAGCUGAAGAGCAGGAAACUGUUCGCCGUCUCUGGGAAUGAUCUAGAGCCACCCAGCAUUUCCAGGGCAAAAGACGACCAGGACGGCUUCCCCGAAACUCUGCACAACAGAGAGAACGUGCCGAAAUCGCACUCGCAGUCCCUAUUGAAGAAAGAGAGCCUGUCCGAAACCCCCCAAAACAAAGAGAACAUGCCGGGCAGCGCACAGCGAGGACGGGGGCGGCCAAAGGGGAGCAAGAACAAGACCUUCCCCGUGUCCCCCACCAGGGUCUACUCAGUCCGGGAGGGGAAACCGCCAGCAUAUUCCCCCAAAAAAGACGAUGGGGCCAAGCAGGAAAAUGGAGUGUCCACCCCACACAGAGGCAGAGGAAGACCAAAGGGAAGCGUGAAGGUAAAACCCAUCGGUGAGAUUGUCCCCAAAAAAUCAAGAGGAAGGCCAAAGGGAAGCAAAAACAGGAAGCCAACCAAGGCAGCUCUGUUGAAACUAUCAUCUGGACCCAAAAAGCCGGGAAGAGGUCGACCACGUAAAAUUCUAGUAACAAAUGAAGUAGCGACUCCAAAACAAGAAAGGAGAGGGCGACCAAAGGGAAGUCUGAAUAAAGUACCUUCUGCCAAAAAGCUAGCGUUGUUAUCGGGGACUCAUGAAAUAAAGAAACGGGGGCGUCCAAAGAAGAUUCAUUUGCACCCCAGCCCUGUAAAACCCCUAACCCCAAAGCGUCCGAGAGGAAGACCAAAGAGUAUUAACAUCAGUGCACCCGUACCAAGCAUUGUGGCAAAAGAUUCAGAAGACGAGAACGAGACGCACGACGACAAGGAGGAGGACGACGGCCAGAAGAUCGAUGAGACGGACUCUGACGAAUAAAUCCGCAGCUGUGGGGACAAUUCUUCAACUGGAAAACAUUUGGGUGAGCAGGACACAGCAUCUUGACCUUAGAGGAGGCGGCGCGGCCCGAUGACAUGUUUUGUAGUUUUGGGGGCAGUAUACGGAUGUACAUUUUGACGUGUUAUAGUGAUGUUGUUUUUUCUUUCCUUUUUACUGUGUGUGCGUGUGUGUAGCCGGAGCGGGCAGCCUCAAAUACUCCUUUUUUUAUUUUACAUUUUUAAAAAUGUUUUGCUUUCUUGUAAUUUUGCUGCCGAAAUAUCAUUUCUACCAAUGUGAAUUGUUACGAGGUAGAGUUUAUUAUUUUUUUUCUUCCUUUUUAUCAUAACUUUACUAAAGUUAAGAUGUUUUUGUUUUUUUUCUGGCUUUUUAUUCCGCUCAGCUUCUUACGUGUUCCAUUCAGGUUUAAAAAAAAUAUAAUUUUUUUUUUACGGAGACCUGGGGCCAUUUACAACCUAAAGAACAGGAAAAAAAUGCAACGUGGUGAUGUAUUUAUUCACAUGUAGCUGGAGGGAUAAGUUAUGUGCCACUCGCUCAUUUAUAAAAAAAAAAUAUAUAUAAAAGUCUUAGUAAUAAGUCCAGUACAUAAGAGUGAAGCAGAAGUAUACAACGCGUUUCAUGGUAAAUGGAAAAGUGUAGUUGAAUUCUAGUAGGAACCAAAGUAGAUAAAAUGAUGACGUGCAACACUUUUUCUAUUCAGCCAAAGAGUUGAUAAGCUGCAGGUACCAGGGGGUCAUUAUAGUAAAUGAUACACAACGCGUUUCAGGGUAUGCCAAAGAACAUUAAAGGGGUAUUCCAGGAUUUUUUUUUUAUUUGACUAUGCUACAGGGGCUGUAAAGUUAGUGUAGCUCAUAAUAUAGUGUCUGUACCUGUGUGUGACGAUUUUCUCAUAAUUCUUGAGAUUUUCACCCCUAUAUUUAUUUUUACCAGCAUACAAAAUGACUGCUAUCUCAGAUUUUUCCCAGUUUGCAAUGCGGCAGAGACCUGACUCACUAGUCAGCUGAUGACAGGAAGCCUGUCUGCUUCAAUGGGUGGAGGGAUCACUUGGUGGGAGAGAGAUCAAUCUGCAACUAAUGCAACAGCUGUAGGUACCCUGAUUGAGAACCACAGGUCUUUUGAAUGGAUGCAGCUCAUUUAUGUUUCAAUGGGUGGGGUGGCUGAUGUGUGGGAGGGAGGAAAAUGGAAUUAUGGGAUUUGUAGGCAAAAGAAGAAAAGUCAAACAGGAGAUUCCAAUUCACAAAAAAGCUAGCCACAGUGUUAUGGUAAUCUCACAACAUAGCCAUUUAGCCCCAAGACAAGCGCAGAUCCUUCCUAAGCAUGUCCAUUACUGCCUGCCAGGUACAUACUAAAAUUACCUUAUGGUGGAGAACCCCUUUUAAAUAAGGUGGGGGUUGAAUUUGAGGGGUGCACACAUCAGUGGAUUUUAUUGUAAAUGAAAUAGAGCCCAACACAUUUAGGGAUUAGACAAUGUAUAGUGAAGUGGCCAGAAGCAUCAGAGGUUUGUAAUGUAAAUGCAGUACAACGCGUUUCAGGGUCGAGUGGAUGGGCGGCAUCAAUGGUUUUUAAUGUAGUUGAAAUGAAUUGAGGCAUUUUGGGGGUUGGCUAAACUCAGUAUAGUUCAAGGCAACAGGUUUUCAUGUAAACGGAACCCAGUGAUACGUAAUAUAAAGGAACUGGAAGACUUUGUGUUUCAUAGUUACAUAGUUUGUAUGGCUGAAAAAAGACAUACGUCCAUCAACUCCAACCAGGGAAUUGAAGGGAAGGGUGUAAGGGGAUAAGGGGAAGGGAUGUAGUUUCAAUUCAGGGUCCAGUAAGGAAUAGUCAAGUGGAUAGAAGAAUCAUUGGUGUUUUAUUAAAUUAAAUUAAAGGCAUUUCUGGGCUGGCUAAAGUCAGGAUAGUUCAGGGGUUCAAGGCAACGGUUGUUAAUGUAAAUGGAGGUACAAUGCGUUUUGGGGUCUUUUAUAGAAUAGAUAGGGAAACAGUGUUUUUUAAUGCAGUUAAAAUAAAUGAACUUUAAGCCAUUUUAGGGUUUGGCUAAAGUCAGGAUGCUUCAUGGCAACAGUUUUUAAUGUAAAUGGAAGACAACGCACUUCAGGGUCUGCUAAUGAGUAGUCAAGUGAAAUAGGGGACAUCAAUCCUUUUUUUUGUCAAGGUUAAAUUUAAAUGAGCCAUUUUAGAAUUGAUAAAAAAAUUGCUAAAUGGCUGGAGACGCCAGUGGUUAUAUAAAUGAACCGAAAUACAACGCAUUUCAGGUAAAGUGAUUGGAAGCUAUAUAUAGACUUAUAUAUAUAUAUAUAUAUAAAAAAAAUUAUUAAUGAAAUGUAUGGAAUUUCAGUAUUGGCCUUAGAGGAUUAUAUUAUAUACAAUAUAAUUUUUUUAUUAAUUUUUUUUUAUUUUUUAAUGAAAUUUUACGGAAUUUCAGGAUUGGCCUAAGGAUAGUUCAUGGGAUGAAGGAACCAGCAUUUUUAUUUUUAAACGGAAAUGGAACACAACGCAUUUCAGGCUCUGCUAAACAAGAUUCUAGUGGAUGGGCGGAUCACUGGUUUUUAUUGCAAUUGAUUGAAACAUGAGCCAUUUCAGGGCUGUCCAAUGGAUAGUCGAUUUGCCGGAGACCUCUUCGGCUUCUAACGUAAAUAAAGUACAACGCGUUUCGGGGGCCUCUAUAAUUGUAGGAAUAGGAUUAUUUAUGGCUUUUAUUCUGGUUGAAAUGAAAUUUUAGGGCCAAACCAUAAUUCAGGGGUGGGGAGGUCAGGGCACCAAAUGGAACAAUUUUCUCCAUUUUCCUUGAAGUGCGUCCAUACAGGUACGAACAUUACAUUAGGUCAAAACAUUACAUUGAGGUCGAAGGUGAAGAUUUUUGAAAUUUACCAGUCUUGGAGUAGUCUUCAUCGGAUGAAUAUGGCGCCCGGUCUGGAUUGCAUACAGCACUUGGGGGAAGGUAUUACUUCCCUAUAGACAUUUCAGUAAAGGUCGCCCUGUAUCCGAUAUAAGACGCCAAUGACGUUAUAUGAGGUGCGGCACAAUACAUGCGAUAUAGAUACACGCGGCUACAUGUGCUAUAUAUACCAUCACUUCUCUAUGUUUGUAAAUGACCCCACUGUCAGCCAGUCGUUCACUUUUCGUUCUGUGCUUUUAAAUAUAGUGUAGUGUCUUGUAACCAAUUUUACAAAAAUUAAAAUGUCAAGUUAA